GACUACUUUCUUUAUAAGCAGCAACUCUGGGUCCGAAAUGGCAGUUACUACUGCCUUGCUACAGCCACAAGAUGGAAAUCUGCAAGGCUUCCUACAGUCUCCUAUUCUCUCUCCUCUUCCUGUUCCAUUCAGAGGCAGCCUGCCGAUCCCUUGGGAGAAGACCUUGCAAGAUGCAAUCCUUUAGAAUCUGGGAUAUUAACCAGAAGACUUUCUAUCUGAGGAACAACCAACUGUUUGCAGGACACUUGCAAAUGCCAAAUACUAAAUUAGAAGUAAAGCUAGACAUGGUGCCUGUCAAUGCUCACAAUGUGUUCCUGGGGAUCCACAAUGGGAAGCUAUGCCUGUCCUGUGUCAAGUCUGGUGAUGAUAUCAGGCUCCAGUUGGAGGCAGUGAACAUCACUGACCUGAGCAAGAACAAGGAGCAGAACAAGCGCUUCACCUUCAUCCGCUUGGACAAUGGCUCCACCAUGAGUUUUCAGUCGGCUGCCUGCCCAGGCUGGUUUCUCUGUACAGUAGAAGAAGCUGACCAGCCUGUCCGCCUGACCAACAACCUGCAAGACUCUCACACAGUCACCCAGUUCUACUUCCGGGAAGAUCAGUAGUACUGUCCAGUCCUGAACUUCCCUAUUCCCCAGCCAUGAGUGAUGCCAGCAACUGCCUCGCUACCUCUGCUGAGGUGGCUCCUGGCUGUCACAGAGAUUCAAGGAGCAACUUUUGCAUGUGGACUUUGGAAGGAAGCCCAAGAACCUAGCUGACAGGACUCUGCCUCCAGCCUUUCACUGACAGCCUCCAUACCACCUCCAGAAUGGUCUUUCAAAGUGCAAAUAGCACCAAGUCAAAGCUCUUCCAUGUGGCCUCUGUCCUGAAUUCCUGACCACUGUCCAGCUGGAGUUACUCCUGCUGCCCACAUCCCACAGUGCACCUGCUAGCUCUAUGUGUCUUCUCUCCUCUUCCCACCUCUCCUUCCUUCUUUGCCCCAUUGUCCAUUCCCCAGGUAUAGCGUUACUAGUUGAGCCCACUGAGUGAUCCCACUGGCUAGUGCUUGCCCAUGGGAAGGUUUGUGAUUGUUUAUUUUGUUGUAGGUGUUGGGGAUUAAAGCCAAGGCCUCAAGCAGGCAAAGCACACACACACUCUAGCACUGAGCUGCACCCUCAGCUCAUGGGGACAUUCUUAAGAAUCUGUGGAAAUAGAAAUCAAAGAGUUUAUGAUGAUUUUAAAGCCAGUUUUAUUCAAUGUGAAGCAGAAUCCUUCAUUUGAAGAUUAUAUCUUUUCUGAGAGGGGCUGGAGGAUUAGAACGUUCCUCCUUUGUGAACAAUGGCAGAAAUGGGAAAGUAGGUGAUAGCUUUUCUUUCUUUUUCUGGUAACACCUUAAACUGUAAAAAUUACAAGUUGGUGGACUAAACUGACCCCUUACUGUAUUUUUGCUUUUUUGAAUGCUUCCAGAAUUGAGUCUGUCUGCUGGGGCUCCAAAUACCAUCUCUACUCCUGAUCUUCUGCAGGUUCCUACAUUUUCCUCCUGUGAGAAGUUCCCCAACUUUGCACUGUGCAAAUGUGGCUCCCCAAAGUGUUCCCUUGCAGUUAAUGAGGGGAGAAUCCAUGAAUUGCUCAUUGACCAUUGGCACUCAAACUUUAAAGAAAGGUAGCUGCACAUCUGUCUGUCUCCCAGCAGACUGGCAGCUUCCGAGAGCAGAAAGCCUGACUGUAUGUGUCUUGGCUCUCUGUGGAACAGAAAACCUCCCUAGGCCUUAGGGAGUGAAUGUGUGAUGUAUGUGUUAGGUGGAAAUUUUCUUAUUCCUGUGACUUUAGCUGUGUUUUACAGUAAAAUCUUGAAAAUGCC